AUGAGGAAGCGUGCCGUUUCAGAAUAUGUUAACUUCAAUUUUUCCGAGCUUCCAAAAUUAUGGAUUCCUGCGAUUCAACUUCCACCACGUUCUCUCUCUGAUGCGAAUGCUCUCAAUAGAAAUUCACCACUUCAACUUCCAAAACUCGCCAAAACGUGUGAUGAUUAUGAUCCACGUUAUUUACCAGACUGGAUGCAAGAUAUAUUAGAUCCAGGUGCUUACCCUAACAUGAACACUUAUGUAUCAGCUGUUUGUUCUGAUGAUCCAGAAGGCGCCAAAAAUGUUUUAAAUGCAUUUCUCCGUCAAUCAACCGACAAAGCAGAAAUCACGAAGAUUAUUCGUUCGGCAUUUGACAUCAACAAAAAGCAAUCAAAAUACAACGAGGCAAUCGAUGUUCUCACCUUUGGAUCAACAUUCGAUCCAACAAACAUCACAUUCCCUCUAGAGGCUGCGAAAUUACUCAAUGACCUUGGUAACUUCGAGAAAGAGGACGAAGUUUUGCUAAAUGCUCUGAAUCAGACGGAAUUUAACACAACAAUUCUCUCAAAAAUGCUCAAAUCCCUUGAACGCCGUAAUCUUUUGAAGAAGGCCCGAGCUGUUCUUGCCGUUGCCUACAAAAGAAACCAAGCAGCUCUUUUUGAAGGCGCGUUGUUCGAAAUCCGCCACGGACCAUCAGAUUCAGCACUCUUUCUCGUAAACAAAUGCGCGGAGACAUCUAUUGAAUGGAAGGGCAACAUAUACCACGAGAUAGUCGAGUACUGUUCCAGGAGAGGAUUAAAAGACUCAGUUCUAAAAUUCUCAGAAACAGGUUUUAAGGAAGUUCCUUCUUUGUUCGCUUUAUGCGGAUUCGCAAUCAAAUACCAAUCCAAUAAAAACGACGCGAUAAACGUCUACGAAAAUUCUUCAGAGACAUCUCAGAUGUCCAGACCAAGACUAGCUCCAAUACUUGCUACAACACUGAUGGCGCUUCAAGAUCCGCAAUCAGCCCAUAACGUUUUCGCUCAUGCGAUCGCAAUUUCCCCACCAGAUCAGAAAUCAAGACUUUUCUACGACGCGGCCGUUUUAUCAUUCAUACACAGCGAAAUGCAGUUCGUACAGCUUUUGCUGGCAAAAGGCCGCAAUUUCUGCCAGAAAAAGUCACAACUUCCUUUCCAUAUAUUCAGAGCGAAAAUACAAGAGCUUUCCGGCUUCCAGAAUGCAACAGCCGAAGCAAACAGAAUUUUCAAGGAAGUUGUUCAGAAUUAUCCGGAAGAUUGGCACUCCCACCUCGAAUACAUUCUGUUCUUAUCCAGACACAAGCACAUACCUGAUGCAAUUCGAGCUCUCAACAAUGUCCUCUCUUCCAUGCCAGACAACGGAAGGCUUUUAGCUCUGAGAAUUCAAUUGGAAUCUCCUGAGAAGCAGGUGGAAGCAUUUAUCAAUGCAAUACAUGCUGCUCCGAAAUCAGGAGAAGUGUGGCUAGAAGGAGCAAGAAUUUCUUUGAAUCCUUUGAGUCCCUACUUCAAUCUCAAAGAUGCACGGCUGUUUUUGGAUUUCGCACACGUGUUCACACCUCAGUACCUCGAUAUAUUCGUCGAAUACGCCCGCCUUGAGAUGCUGGACCACGGAUUGUACGGAAAUUUCGCUCAGCUUCAGGAUAAGUUCAUAAAUUCAGAAGGAAACCAAGGAACAGUGUUCUUCAGGUUUAGGAAAGUCGGAAAAGAGUUCUUUAAGGAAGAAUUCGAAGAAAUGAUUAAAGGUGUAAGAGAAGACAUAAAGAGGAACUACAAGGUGUACCAGCAUGCAAUAGCAAGGUCGGCGUUCGUUCCUCAGAGCUUGAAGGACGAACUCGAGAGAAUGGAGAAAGAUAAAGAGAACGCGCCAUCGUUUGCGUUCGGAAUCUCCAAUUUCGGACAGAAGGGAAAUGUAAUGGAUGUUCUAGGUACUUCCGUUGCGUUUCUUUGA